UGGGUAAAAUAAGGCGAUAGUUUGUUUCAUCUUGUAUGCAUACACAGAGCAAGUAAGAAACUUGCUGGAUUGUGGAGUUUUAAUUACCUUAAAUCUCUACGGAAAAAAGAACUUUUGCGGUACCCGCAUAUCGGCAACAUGAAAAGGCUACCACGAAGCAAUUCCGACGGACUCACAGAAGCGGUGUUUGUUUUCCAGUUGAUACAAUACGGAAAUGUCUUUAUGACGCUAGUCGCCGGCAUAGUGUGCCUCGGGCAUAUAGUCUUCGUUCUGCGGAAGAGUUGUUUAAAUGCCGGUUUUCUCUUCGCUCUGACCUUUGCGUGCUUCUGCCACAUUCUUGUUUGUGGACACUUGAAGGUGUUAGCGCUAGAGACCGCUUAUCGGACACGUGUUAAUGUAUGCAUUGAUUACUCUCUUCCGGCCAUGAUCGCAAACGCCGGGAUAUUUAUGUUGAUUAUACAUAAAAUAAGCUUACACAUUGCUGCGACAAGUGUAGUUGCCGCGAUCAUCCGGGUGUUUUCGUUUUGCUCAAUUUUAGCAGGAUUGGUAUUCACGUUUAGUUCUUCCGUUAAUCAGGGUAUGACUCUAUUGAAUCAAGUGAGUUUCAUGUCAAUUCUCGCUACACCUAAUUCGCACCUAGAUGCAUCCUGGCUCAUCUGCGAGAAACGUGUUUCCAGAGAGAUUACCAACGUGAUCAUUGAGUACCUGUUUGUUUACCUUCCGGUUGUUGUUGUGGCCAUGUGGGCGUUUGUUAGAAGAUUCCGUCGGACGAAAGAAAUAUCCUGCCUUAAAGUUGUUAUUCUUUCCAACAAAGAAUGUGGUUCAAAGUCCGGAACUUGCGCCUGUGACAAACUAAACGCUGGUCUAGUUCUCGUCCUAUCCUUCAACGCAAUACUGCUACUCAUCGUUAAGCCGGGGUACAUGGUGUAUGCGCACGCAACUUCUGGGAACUUCCGGGAUUUGAUUUCUAGUCUAUUACCGAUGGCUUUACUCCAGGUUAUUUGCAUAGAAUACAUUUUGAAAGUGAUCGUACAACGUGGAAGGGGUACAAUUUGGACCCAAGAAUGUAAUCGAGAUCAUCAAAAAACUGUAUGCAGGCUUAGACUCACUUAAGCUGUAUUUAUGAAAAGUUUUCGAAAACUUUUAAACACGGGGAACAAUAACUAACUAUGUAUCGAUGUUUUUGUGUUCUCUCUAAAAGUGUUUAUGUCUACGUACUAGUACUGAUGUGUACCAUUUAUUUGUAAGUGUUUCUUUUGUUCUGGUGUAUGUAUAAAGUGAUGAAUUCUACACAAAUACUCGUACAUUUAUGAUGCACACAAUAAAAUAAACAGUAAAUGUAACUAUACAUUGUCGCCUGCAAAAUUAUAAAUUUCUGUAUGUUGUGUAGGUAAAUUAAACUCCACAUGUUGUAAAAAAAGCUAAAUAUCCACAAUUACCUUACCUCUGUCAUUGUUUUACAACAUAAUACAAACAAUAUUGUACACAUUCCAAUAAAAUAAUAUGCGUUGCUUGAUUUUAA